AAAAUGGCGGCGCGCAUUAAGAAUGCGCUUAUGGGCUUUAGCAAAGGAAUAACAUUGUUAUUAUGUUAGAAUGUGUGAUCGGUUUGAUAAGUUACUAACUCAGUAGCCUCCAGAUAAAGAUUUUACAUUUGUAGCCGAGUUGCAAGUUCAUAACGUCUUUACAGAUCGCUCACAAGACACUGAUUGUGUUCGAGUAGCAAGUAGUCAAAUACAGUGUUGCUGUAACGUUAGCUAGCUGUUUAACGACCUAGAAACAAACUAACUCGGGGCGUAUCCAAUGGGCUUGUUUACGAAUCUGCUUGUUACACUGUUGUGAAUUGUUAUGUCUUCACUUGCUAGUUAAGUUAACUUCAGAAGAUAGCUAAAGACCAUUGUCCAAAAUCGGAGUUUACCCUGGUGUACAAUCCAGCUAUGACCAGCUUGAAAUACCAGCUACAAGCUGUUUCAAAACAUAGCUUGAGCUGGUCCAACCAUGUUAAGUAUGCAGCUGGUCUAACUGGUCAACCAGCUACCAGUUGUUUCAAAUCCUAGCUUGAGCUGUUUUUUUCAGCAGGGUACAUAGGGAUGUACUUGCAAAGCGUGUGAUAUCAUGCUUUGAGUCUUUCGUAACUGUCCUGAAACGACAUUGAACAUUUAAAUUGGUUUUCAGUAUUUUUAUUGCAUAGCGUCCAUACCGAGUUGAGUUUUUAUCGCAAGUUUGCAAAGUAGAGGAAAACUAAACCUGAGAAAGGUGUACUUUACAUACAGGUAUGAGUUAGAUAAUUAAUUUGAGAUGUUAGUAAACCAUACAUAAACAUUUCAGUUAUUAAUCUCAUUUUACCCGCGUCACUGUUUGUAAAUGGAUAAUUCACACCAAGAAGCAAAGGUACGCCUGGAGGUUAGCCAGUUUAUCAAAUGCCUGUCUACCUCCCAGGAUGCCCAGGAGGUGGCCAAUACACUUCGCAAACUUGCUAGUUAUUUGGACAGUGAAUCCCACAAGGAUAUUUCACCCGGUCAGAGAGAAGAGUUCAACCGGACGCAGUACACUGGUAUCUUGAAAUGUCUUCUUGGUAACCUGAAAACCGAGAGGCUGCAGAUCCUCACUUCUGCAGAAUGCUCAGAGCUGUGGGAUGCCAUGUUCCUCAGAGGUCCACCAGACCAGGCUAUACUGGUGCUAAUGGACUACAUUGGUUCCUCCAGCCCAAGUGCGGGUCUAGACAAGGUUGUGGAUGUGCUGGUGCGAUACCUGCAGACCGGCCGCCUGGCGGCCUUGCUGUGGUCGCGCUGCCUGGGAUCCUUCUCCCCAGACUCUCCCCAGCUCAGAGAGAUGCUCCUCGGACGCUUGGUGUCUCUGCCCGACAUUACCGCCAACCGGCUGCAUCCACGUAAUAGACCCCUCUUUCUACCUGACCAAUACUACCCCCUGCUGGCCAGGGAGUUGGGCACUACUCUGGAGAAGACCUGCCAGGCUCUGAGAGAUAAACAGGACUGCACCCUGAGCUUUGUGGCACAACUUCUGGGGAAAGCCUGUAUGCAGGGCCACAGUGAGCCCAUGUUCAAAGAGCUAGCACCACGCCUCUCCGCUCUCACUCGCUCUGACAUGCUGUGGCAGAGGGUGUGUUGGCGAUUAAUGGAGGAUGUUCCAGAUCGCUGGAUGGAGAGUGUUGUCACUGGGCUGGUGCGGGCUGUGGAAGGCCCAUGCGCUCUCUCCAGGAUUAUGGGGAACAUUGUGUUGAAGAAUAAAAAGGCCCAGUUUGUCAUCACUCAUAAGCUCCUAUUGCUGCAGUACAAGUAUGAGACCAGAGUAGUGCGCUCCCUGCUGGGAUACCUGGCACAGGAUCGGGAGCGCCGGCCGCUGCUCGUUCAGGUCCUGCGGUCGCUGUGCCAGACGUGGGCGAACAGCAGUGCGGUCAGGCACACUCCGGUGGAGCAGCAGCUGUACCUGAGUCGGGCUUUACUGCUGUGUCUGGGGCUGCUGAGGGACACUGAGCUGCAGGAGCUCCGUCCAGAACUGAUGCAGUGCAUGCUGGGUGGGAUGCAGUGUCACCUUGACAACAACGUGGUGCAGGUGCGGCGUGUGGGCAUGGUCGUGGGCGAGUGUCUGAGCGCCCGCCUGGAGGCUAAUGGACCCAGACUGAAAUUCCAGUAUGAGGAGGACGAGGAGACGCGGGAGCUGCUGUCCAUGCUUGAGCCGCUCCCUGCAGAGGACGCUGUGCCUCGUGACAGACCCGACCCUCUCCAGAAUAACCAAAGUUCAGAGAUCAGAGGGCAGAGUUCACCUGCAGCUGUUACCCCCCAGACCUCAUCGGUAGAUGAAGUGCCAUCAGCAGACCAGGGCUGUGAGUCAGAGCUGGACAGUGACGAUGAGCUUACCCCCUACGACAUGUCAGAAGACAAGGAGAUGACCAAAGUCACCGCUCCUCUCUACCUCAGAGACUGCCUGGAUGCUCUCCUGACCUCUGAGGACCCAGAGAGGUUGGAGCUGAGCCUGCGUGCUGCAGCGGGGCUGGUGCGCAAGAACGUCUCCACGGCCAGAGAAGUGAGUGUCCAGCUGUCCAAGGUCCUUCUACACCUGGAGAACAAGCACAAUUUCCCAGGAUUCCUCAGCCAGCGCCAGGCUGCCAUGAUUGCACUAACUGUUACAGACUGCAUCCCGGUGACUGAGUUCUUGACCACAGAGUUCUACUGUAUGAAUUACAGUCUGCGACAGCGGCUUGAUAUAUUAGAGGUCCUGGCUCUCUCAGCACAGGAGCUCUCUGAGCCAAUCACUGAGAAGAUUCAGCCUACCCAGGCUGCCACCACAGUGAUGCCCUUUGACCCCUCCAUUGCCCCCUUGCCCUGGCAGCAGGUUGUGGAGCGCCGGAUUCAGAGCAAGACGAGACGCUUCGCUAAAGGAGUUGCUCAGCCUCCUGCAAGUGCCUGUCCAAACCGCUAUGCCCCUGUUGCUGGCUAUUUCUUUUUCCCUCUACUGCGGAGCUAUGACAGGCCACAAGUAACCUUUGACCUGCUGGGAAGUGACCACUUGGUACUUGGGAGACUUAUACACACGCUGGGCCUCCUGGUUCACCUGGCAGUUAAUGCCCCGGUGGCCACUCAGAUGGGCAGAAGUUUGCUGGACUUUGUGUGGGCUGUGCGCUACCAUGCAGACCAGGUGGUACGGCGGGGUGUCUUGUUUGCUGUCUGUUCGGUGUUCUUGAGCAUGCCCAAUCAGAACCUGCUAUCAGAGCUCAGUGACCAUUUGCUGGAGACCAGAGCUUGGCUGGCAGAUGUGGCUGAGGGGGACCCUGACGCAGACUGCAGGAGCCUGGCCAUGCAGUGUCUGGUGCUGCUGGAGAGGAGUCUGAAAGCAGGGCUGGAUCAGUCCACCAUGACUAUCCAGUCCUAGCAGGGCUGGAUCAGUCCACCAUGGUUGUCCGGACAUAGCAUGGGUGGGGAUGGUGAACCAGGCUGAGAAGAGGGGCUUGGCGGGGGGAGGGUUGGGUGGCCUUCUUGUAAAACGGUCUUCGUACAGAUCUGCCACAUCCGGAACAGUGUGUUCAGCCAGAAUGCUACCACGUAUGGUACGCACGCUUCUAAGUCUUUUUCUUGCCGAAAUAUUUAUAGACUGGUAAAAAGGAUGGGAGUCACUGGGACAGAAAUAAGCCUUUGGAAUUUUAACAAGGAAAGAGGAUGUCUUUUUUUCCCUCUCUUUCCUGUGCUAGAGGAUCUGGUCCAAAAUCCUUCUUCUGUACAGGUGUUUACAGAGGAAGUUGUGUCACCCCUUGCCCCCACAAACAGUCACAUCCUUCUUCCUUACCGUAAAUUAAUGUGUAUGUUCUAUAAGUUCCGCAGCAGUAUCCUUCACAAGGUGUUCAUAUGAAGCAGUUGGCCUAUUUCUUUUCUUUAUUUUCAGUGAUACCAAAACGGUAAAGUGCUGUCAUUAAUGUAUAAAAACUGAGAAGGAAUCUUGUGUAGAAGAGAAAAAUACAAUAAAGCAAAUAUGAUAUGUA